GGCUGUACAAGGGAGGCUCGAUAAGUCGAAGACGAAGAGGAACUUUCGUUAAACAUCUCAGAAAACUUUCGUCAUCCGCGAAGCGGAGCCCGCUAGCGGCAUUGGAGCGGCCACCUCGUUAUAGCCUCAGCCAGGAGUGCGGGCGGCACUGCCGUCUUCUAUGCUCAGACCUCAGUAUGCUGAUCACGUUAGUUGGGCCGGGGCGCUCGUGCUCUUUGUAUCCUGUCUGAAGUAUCCAAUUAAACACUCACACGUAUUGCGAGGUAAAAAUGAUGGAAAAUGAAAAAGAUGGAGGUGCAUGGGUAGCUACAAACUACCCAAGAGAACUCACAGAAAAUGAGAAACAAAGGCUUGCUGAAGACCAAACUUGUGUCUCAGAUUUCAAGCAGAAUAAGCUGGAGAUAGAGGCCAAAAAGAACUGGGAUCUCUUCUACAAGAGGAACUCUACAAAUUUCUUCAAGGAUAGACACUGGACAACCAGAGAGUUUGAGGAAUUGAUGUCAGAGGGUGAAGAAGGAAAACAAAAAUCACUAUUAGAAGUUGGAUGUGGUGUUGGCAACACAGUUUACCCUCUCCUAGAUGCUAGUCCAGAUAUCUUCAUCCACUGCUGUGAUUUCUCUCCAAGAGCUGUGCAGUUUGUUAAGGAGCACUCAUUGUUCAACCCAGCUCGUAUCAAUGCAUUCCAGUGUGACGUCACAUGUGAUGAUCUGACCAAUCACAUAGCUGCAUCCAGUGUUGACAUGGCAACCAUGUUCUUUGUUCUCUCAGCGAUCCAUCCAGAUAAAAUGCUACAGUCAAUAGAAAAUAUACACAGGGUGAUAUGUCCUGGUGGGUUGGUGUUGUUCAGAGACUACGGACUCUAUGACCAUGCCAUGCUUAGGUUCAGCAAGGGACACAAACUCAGUGAAAACUUCUAUGUGAGGCAGGAUGGGACGAGAGCAUACUACUUUUCUACAGAUUUGCUGUCAGAUCUUUUCCUCAAGGCUGGUUUUGAUGUGGUCAUCAACGAGUAUGUCCACAGAGAGACGGUCAACAAGAAAGAAGGACUCUCUGUACCCAGGGUAUUUGUCCAGAGUAAAUUUGUGAAGAGAACCAGAGAGGAUUCAUGACACUCAUUAGGAGACUUCAAGAAUUAUGUUAUUGAUGGUUUAUAGAAAUUAUGAAAGACUCAAACUGCCCAACCUAGCACCAACACCAGCCAGGUUAUACCAAAGACUAAGAAAAUUGGACCUUCUGCUUUCUUGCCAGGCCCUCAGGGUGUCAGAAUGGAGAAGAGUUAUAGAUUGAUUUUAUUAUGUUGUGUCUGCUGGAAUAUGAGCUUAUAGUUGAACUGAUGACUCGAAGCUGUAAUAAACACCUCUCUCUCUCUCAUUUGGCUGGUAUAGAAUACGGCGGGUUGGGAAUCGCAAGAAGCGAGAAGAAAUGCUGCAAAUCUCAAGAGCCCUUGCUCUUAUGACGUGCAAACACCCUUGCGAAUAUAACCAGAAUUCUCCAUUGUGAGGCAAGCAGACUGUCGGCCUAGAUGAUCUGGUAGAAGCUUCACCAUUGAUAAAAAAAGGUGUUCCACACUAAAGUCGUGGUGUCUUUGCCACUGCUGAAAAGACCACCAAUGACAAAUUUGACAGUGGAACACCAAAGAAUUGCAUCCCGUAGCAUGUUUCGCCCUACUGCCUGUUCUUGAUUUCAAGUUGAGAAUCCAACACAGAAUUACUACAGACUGAAUGUCUUCCUCCCUCUCAUUGACUAUUGUGGUACUCCUGCAGGACAGCUUCUGUCUCACACUGGGUAGAAUAAUACAUUUGAUGCAUCUAGUUCCAGCCUUUAUGGAGUACCUAUGAAGAUGUGCUUCUUGCAGCCGAGUCUGCUGAGAUGUAUGGUAGCGUGAUUGAUAUUAGCUGUCUUGGGGCUAUAAGUUUGCUAUAAGGCUAGGUGGGAUGAUGUAGAGGCAUGAGAAAGGUGAAUUCUCUUUGUAAAACUCUUCACUUUUCUAUACGCAUUUUUGAGAAAUUUUGUCCAAUAAAUAUGACCAUAUUUUUAUAA